GGCCGGUUGCUAGGCUCCGGCAGCCGGAAGUCCCGCCUGUCGUGUAGUCGCAGCCGCCGCCGCCGCCGCCGCUGCCGUCGUUGUUGUUGUGGUUGGUUCGCUGAGCUCCGCGGCUCCGAGAGCCGGCUUCAUCCCUUCCCAGCCGCCGCCAUGAAGUGGAUGUUCAAGGAGGACCACUCGCUGGAACACAGAUGUGUGGAAUCUGCGAAGAUCCGAGCGAAAUAUCCCGACCGGGUUCCGGUGAUUGUGGAAAAAGUCUCAGGCUCUCAGAUUGUUGACAUUGACAAACGGAAGUAUCUGGUUCCAUCUGACAUCACUGUGGCUCAGUUCAUGUGGAUCAUCAGGAAAAGGAUCCAGCUUCCUUCUGAAAAGGCAAUCUUCCUGUUUGUGGAUAAGACAGUCCCACAGUCCAGCCUAACUAUGGGACAGCUUUACGAGAAGGAAAAAGAUGAAGAUGGAUUCUUGUAUGUGGCCUACAGCGGAGAGAACACUUUUGGCUUCUGAGGGCCAGCGCCGGGCUAAGUGCACCGUUCCUGCUUGUGUAUCUUGUAAAUAGCCGGCCGUUUUCAGUUACCAGACCUCUUCACAUAGACCUAAGUAGUGCAUUUGUAACUGGAUUUAUUUCUUAAUAUAUUGGAAGGUUUUGUUUCCUUAGAUUAGUAAAUUAUCAUACAGAGUUUUAUUUUGAGUUUUCCUUUUUGUGCACUGUCCUCAUGGCUGUACCCUCCAGGGAACCUAUUCUCUGAGGAUCAUUAUUUAAUGAAGAUAUUUCCAUAUUAAAGUGAGGUAGGUGGGGUAUUAAAGUGAAAGGGAGGGAGAUGAUACAUUUCUUCUGGAUUAUGUUUGAAGUGUUGAAGAUGGCUAAGUAUUAAAAGCACCCAAAUUAAAUCCUUAGCAAUCAGACACUUGCUUCACUAGAUUUUGCCAACUGCCAAUCAUGUUGGACUGAGCUAAUCUGUUCCUCUUUCUGAAACUAUUAAGGUAAAUAAUUAACAAUAAAACUUCCUCUUAUAAAGGCA